AUGGGAAAGGACAGAACAGCCACACCCUCUUGGAACCCUUCAGGUUUUGGCAUGGAAAUGCAGUCCAAUGAGCUCAAUUGUGGCUCACAGCAGCUCCCCAAUUCUCUUUUUAAUGCCAAUUGGGACAAUUCGAUGGAUCAGAGCGAUCCCUUUGAGUCUGCCUUGAGCUCCAUUGUUUCUUCUCCGGCGGCGUCCAACGCCGCCAUAGCUGCCGGAAAAGGCGGCGGAGAUGGAGAAAUGAUUAGAGAACUAAUUGGAAGAUUAGGAAGCAUUUGCAAUUCAGGAGAAAUAUCUUCACACUCUUACAUUUGUGGCAAUAACAGCACUAACACUUCAUGUUAUAGCACCCCAUUGAACUCUUCACCUAAGCUGAACCUGUCAAUGAUUGAUCCACAGAUGAGAGGCAAUUUGCCAAUUCCUGGAAAUCAUUUACCUUCACAUCCAAGUUUGGCACCUUUUCAAGCUGACCCUGGAUUUGUUGAGAGGGCUGCAAGGUUUUCCUGCUUUGGUGGUGGCAAUUUUGGUGGCCUCAAUGGGCAGGUCAACUUGAAUGAAGCUGAAUUGGCUUAUAGAUCAAUGCCAAAAAUUGAUUCUGGCAAGCUUUCCAGAGCUUCCAGCAACCAAUCACUUAAAGUUGCUGCUGGAUCUCAAUUGGCUGUUCAAGAAAGCAACAAAAGCUCUCCCCAGGGUGGGAAUCCAGCUCCUGAAAAGAAAUUCGGCAGGUUUUCGAGGUCCUCCACCCCAGAAAAUGCUGAAUUGGGUGAUUCAAGGGAAGGAUCAUCAGUUUCUGAGCAGAUCCCAGGUGGGGAUACGAGUGUGAAAGCAGAAAAUGUGACCAAUUCCAGGAAAAGGAAACCUGUUGCAAGAGGAAAAGCCAAAGAAACCUCUUCAUCUCCCUCUGUUAAAGAUGGCAAGGUUGUGGCAGAAAAAGAGGAACCAAAUUCCAAGAGAAGCAAAACAGAUGAAGCUUCUGGGAAUGAAAAGGCAGCUGCAAAGGCAAAGACAGAGCCCAGUGGAGGUUCCAAAGCUACAGGGGAUGGGGCUCAGAAGCAAACAAAGGAUAAUUCAGAGCCUCCUGAGGCUCCAAAGGACUAUAUCCAUGUCAGAGCCAGAAGGGGUCAAGCUACUGAUAGCCAUAGUCUUGCAGAAAGAGUUCGAAGAGAGAAAAUUAGCGAAAGGAUGAAAUUUCUUCAAGAUCUUGUUCCUGGUUGCAACAAGGUAACUGGAAAAGCAGUGAUGCUAGAUGAAAUUAUAAAUUAUGUGCAGUCAUUGCAGCGCCAAGUUGAGUUUCUUUCAAUGAAGUUGUCAACUGUAAAUCCCAGAAUGGAUUUGAACAUGGAGGCUCUUCUGUCAAAGGAGAUUCUUCAAUCUCGUGGGUCUUUGCAAAAUGCCCUUUACCAAUUAGAUUCUGCAAUACCUUCAUUCCCUUUCGGGUACCAGCCGCAGCAACUGCCACCUUUGCAUAGCAGCAGCAUCUCUAGUGGGACAGAGACACAAUUUCCAGAGAGCCCUCUAAAUGCUGCAAUGCGUCAAAGUCAAGGCAUGCAGUUACCUACAUUUGAUAGAUUUGGUGGAGCAGCACCUCAAGCUCCACAAUUCUUUGAGGAUGACCUUCAAAGUGUGGUUCAGAUGGGAUUUGGCCAGAUUCAGCAGGAGAGCCUUCAUGGUUCAAUGGCUUCAGCCCAGAUGAAAGUUGAGCUAUAA